ACCAGAGCAUAUUUUGUAAGUAUCACUAAAUCAUAUAUAGCAUUGAAAUUAAAUAGGAUGAACCAGAGAUCUGAAGUGUCCAUAAUUUUUGUAUUUGUUUUUUCAUCCACCACUUUAAGCGCUUUAUCGACUGCAUCUUUGGCUUCCCUCACCAACCUCCCUUCGUCUUUAGCAGCUUUUGAAUUGGAUGAAUCGAUUGCGCAUUCUCCAACACCAAGGUCAUGUUCUUCAUCUCCUAUGUCUACGAAAAAACGGAGAUAUAGGCCCUAAGGGUUUUCUGUUUAUUGUACGGAUGAUAGAUUUGAACUACCACAUAUUAGCUAAGAUUACACUCUCGUGAUAAAGUUCUUUCUAAUUAAUCGUAGAUGCGGAAUCGAUUGACUCCCCCCGCUUUGACACGGACAGGGUUGGAUGGUGGAAAGAGUAGCAAAAAGAUGGGUGACCAUAUGGUGCAGUAAUAAUCAAAUUCAGUUACACCUUUAGUCGGAUGUUGAGUCAAAAGAUACUGAUAUGGUUUAGUG